CGGGCCCCCAUUUGUAUGUGCCUUCAUGAGUUCUGGCAAGACUAUUCAGCCAAUCGCGUAUUGGCUUCGGCAUCGAUUGAUGUUCAGCAGAUCUUGGGCGAUAGAAGACACAGAAGAAGAUGACUAUCAUCGGGCAUAUAAAGAGACCACGCCUACACCUUAUUGCUUCCCAACCAUCAGUACAACCACACUCAACUUCACAUCUCGGCCUAUUCUCUUGCUCUCUUAUUUUACCAUGGCUGUUAAGAACGGUGCCUAUUUCGACUUUAUCAUCGUCGGAGGCGGUACAGCCGGCAACAUCGUCGCCGCCCGCCUCGCCGAGAACCCCAAUGCCCGAAUCCUCGUCGUGGAGGCAGGCAUCGGGACCUCCAAAGACAACGAAGAGAUCCGUACCCCGGGUCUCGCCAUGGACAUCCGAGGCAGCAAAUACGACUGGGCCUAUAAAACAACCAUGAUCAAACGCGAUGAUUAUGAACGUAUUGAGAAACCGAAUACUCGCGGCAAGGCCCUUGGCGGCAGUUCUUCCCUGAACUAUUUCUCUUGGGUGCCUGGGUCGAAGGGAACAUUCGAUAUGUGGGAGGAGUACGGUGGAAAGGAAUGGACUUGGGAACCUCUUGUUCCUUAUCUGAGAAAGAGCGUGACUUAUCAUGACGACGCUGGGUUGUAUCCCCCAGAACUCAAGAAGAUUGGCGCAGGAGGACCGAUUCCAAUUGCUCACGCAGAACUCAUGCCAGAGAUGAAACCGUUCCGAGAUCUUCUCACCAAGGCUUGGAAAUCUACCGGGGAGCCUGUCUCUGAGAAUAUCUUUGACGGGACAAUGCGCGGUUUGGUCCAUAGCGUCAACACGAUCUACAAAGGAAGGCGAUCGGGCAGUUUUCUUGCGGUUGCGGAUAAGCCGAACAUCACCAUCUUUCCUGAGGUCCACUCGAAGCGUCUUAUUAUCGACCAAGCGGACCGUACUGCCAAGGGAGUGACUGUCAUCACAGCCUCUGGGGAGGAGCUUGAUCUUUAUGCUACCCGCGAGGUCAUCGUAUCUCAGGGCGUGUUCGAGACACCAAAGCUCCUUAUGCUCAGCGGUAUUGGGCCAAAGGCCGAGUUAGCCAAGCAUAACAUCCCCUUACUCGUUGACUCGCCUCAUGUCGGUCAGCAUCUGUUGGAUCAUCCAGGUGUUCCUUUCGUCUUGAAGAUCAAGGACAGUUACUCCAUGGACAGCCAUGUCCUGCGCAAGGGCGCUCUUCAGGACAAGGUCAUGUCAGCUUAUGCCAAUGGCCAUGCUGGGCCAAUGGGAUCACCUUUUCUCGAAAUGAUUGGGUUCCCUAGAAUUGAUUCAUAUCUUGAAAAGUCUCCCGAAUACCGCGCUGCAAAGGCUGCGAAUGAUGGCCUCGAUCCUUUCUGCCCUUACGGUCAGCCCCAUUUCGAGCUUGACUUUAUUCCUCUCUUCGGCAGUGCUUUCCAAUGGCACUUCCCGCAUCCUAACAAGGGAAGUUAUAUGACAGUUAUGGUCGACCUCGUCCGUCCUGUUUCUGAGGGAGGCGAAGUCACCCUCAACAGUGCUGAUCCAUUGCAACAAGCGAACAUUAACCUGAAUUACUUCAACAACGACCUCGAUAUUAUCGCCAUGCGCGAAGGAAUCAGGUACUCUUAUGAUGUGCUGAAGAACGGUGAAGGGUUUAAGGAUAUAGUUGAGGACGAAUACCCUUGGGACAUGCCACUUGACGAUGACGAGGCUAUGAAGAGGACGGUUCUGGAUAGGUCGCAAACCUCAUUCCAUCCUUGUGGUACUGCUCGUCUUGCUAAGAGCGUCGAACAGGGCGUGGUGAGCCCUAGUCUUCAGGUGUAUGGGAUCAAGAAUCUUCGAGUCAUUGAUGCUUCUGUCAUUCCUGUCAUUCCGGACUGUCGUAUUCAGAACUCGGUUUACAUGGUGGCUGAGAAGGGCGCUGAUGCGAUCAAGCGGGAUCACACAGAUCUCUACCAUUGAUGGAGGUUUGGGGGUCCUAACUUAGAUAGUCAAGCAGCUGCUAAUUGGAAGUCAAAGUGGACAUUGCGCUCUGGUAUCACGACUCGUCAAACCUACAUCAUGUAGUUUUUUUGCGCGUCAACAAUUCAACUGCGCAAUUGUAUCCGCUCAAUGACAAAGACAUGCAACUUUCGUGG